UGUGCUGUUAAGAGUGAGAAAUCCACCAUUCUUGCAAUUUACUCUGCUUGGAAGGAAGCGAAUCUCAGUGACAAGUCGUAAGUUGUAGAAACAGCUGAAAAUGGAUUCGGAGAAGAAAGAUGAUGGGGGAAAGGAUUGCAACAGUGGAGGCAGCAGUUGCUUAGAGCCUCAGAACAAGAGCCAGAGCAAUAACUCCUCAGAGUGCCUCCCUGAAGAUGUCAUGUUUAAUAUCCUGACUAGACUCCCUGCUCAGUGGCUCCAUAGCAGUGCGAGGCUUACUUGCAAAUCUUGGGCUGCUAUGAUCCGCAGGUCUGAUUUUGUUGAGACACACCUCCUCCGUGCAAAACCUGGAAUUUUCCUCCAGAGCACGAGGCCUCCAUAUGGUGCCCAUUUCUUGGAGGUCAAGGGCAAUGGAGAAUAUGGUGUCACGGCUUUAAGCCCUCAAUUCCCUGGACAAUAUUUGAACAGUUGUGAUGGAUUGAUACUGUUUUACCAAAAAGCCAGAGGAGAUCUUCAUGUUGUAAACCCUGUUACCAUGCAGACUCUUAAAUGUUCCUAAAUUACUUGGUCCU